UUAACCCAAGAGCAACACGAAGCAUUUAACACUUUGUAGAUGUCAAUGUCAAUGUUUUGCCGUUUUGCAGUAUUGCGCAGUGUAACACAGAGACCCUCUGUGUUAGUAAAUGGAAAGCCACGAAAUUGCGUCUAAGCCUAGCGAACUAUGUUCAUGAAUAUAUAGAGAAUUCGUGCAUACUAACUAGAUUUUCAGUUGUUUCACAGGAUCACGAAAAUUUCUUAAGUUCAUGUUUUACCUUAAAUUAUUGCCUAUUGCGUAUUGCGUAAUUUUCCGACAAGUGGUGCAGUCAAACAAGAUGGAUAUUUUGCGGCAUUUUCAAAACAUAUCUUGGUGUAAACCGGAUUGGUGUUACCCGAGUAUGAGUAAGGAAACAAAUGAAUUGCUACGUCAAUGCAUAGAUCUGCCAGCUUUCCAGACCUCUGAAAACAUUGAUGAAAUUAUAAAGAAGAGUAAAGCUUUUCCUAUUCCAUUCCCAAUCGAAACUGUUAGAUUAGAAAAAUUGAAAGUAAGAAGACCAAUAGAUCAACUGAAAAAGAACGUUGUAUCAACUUAUCCCAUAAUACAUGAGAGAGUACUACUGUUAAUGACUCACUUUCUAAUAUACAAAAGGGAAUAUGGUUCAAACAUCGAAAAGGCGUUAUACAAAGACAUGACAGUGCCGGAACUUAUCGACAGAAUAUUACAAAAACGAGCUGUAUCGUUUAUGAAUCAAAAUGAUAGUUAUCUUCUACUAACAGGGGAACAAGAUGAAGAAGGUUGGGAGCAAGUAGGUACUAUUCAUCAGAAACCACCUCUCGUUUUGGAAAAUUGUUUGAGUUACGAUGAAAUAAAAUUGUCUGCUAUGGUAUAUGUUAGCGGUCACACUGAAUGUAUAAACGAUGGGGAAAGACACAAUUCUGGCGUCAUUAAGGAAGAUAUCGCUGAAGAGAAUGCUGUUAUAAUUGGCUUAAUAGGUCCACGUUUCGAACGGCGCGGUAGAAUGGAUUAUGAAGAUAUAGUUAUAACUGAACAACAAAAUUGUCUGGAACAUGGUUAUGGUGAAGAAGUGACACCUACCACUUGUCUAAAUGUUCUAAAGACUACGUAUGUUAGAAAUAAUCAAUCUGCUAAGCAUAUGUGGAGGCAGAUGUGGUCGGAAUUCUAUCAGGUACACAGCUACACAUACGAAGAGUUAUCAUCAUAUAUAAACAUACAAGAAAAAGACGAAGUAAAACAAUACAUGGACAGAUAUAUCAAACGACCUGGCACUGACGACAUAUUUGAUAACGAAGUAUACUACAAGAGAAUUAGUAUUUUAGCUGAAAGUACUUUACUAGAAGCGGAUCAUAGAGCAAAGGAAGCUGGGAAAAGUGCUUUCGUCAAUGUUAUAGGAUGUGGUCUUGGUGUGUGGAAAAUAUCACCACAUCAACCAGAUGUGUACGUCUUAACAUUCCUAGAGCGGAUACGAUCAUUUCUCAAGAAGGAUCUUAUUAAUCAUGUUUCUGAUGUCAAUUUCGCUUACAUUAAAACUAGCCCCGGUAUAACAGCAUUAUUUACAAAUCCAGUGCAGAGCGAUUCUCCGGUAGAAAAAUGUAUCUUCUUCGAAAGCAAACGACAUCCUAAAGGUGGUAUAAACGUACAGAUGGAAAACAGAGAACCGUCUGCCCGUUUAACAGGCGAUCAUGCGGGCAAACUGCUUGUCAUGACGUACCCGUGGGACGGCAAUGCGCAUCCGGGGAAUGAGUUCUGGUUAGGCAGUUUAUCUGGUUCUGGUGAUCCGGCAGCUGCUUGUUCCACACAAGUGUCGGAGUUACACAACGCACACAUCAACCCCGCAGUGAGUGCGUACAAUGUCCGAGUCGCUGGGCGCAGUGGGCUGAAGACGCUCUCCGAGUACUGUCUCGCUCUCACUGCGUAGGAGUGAGCGAGAUGGCACAUAUCAUACAUCACACUCAGCAUCAGCACUGUAUAUGUAUUCUAGUAAAGUACCGGAGCUACACAACACGCACAUUAAACCCGCAGUGAGAACCAAUUGCAAAAAUCUUUCAAACUUUUCGGAAGAUCAGUUUUUGGAAAAAUGUAGAGGAUGUUUCGCAGAUCUGUCAAUUAAUUAGUGUACCUAUUGUUGAGACUUAUUAGGCAUCGUAACAUUCUGGUUGCCUCGUCAAAUCGUAAAAACUCGUGCUGGCACAACACGUCGAUUCUUUCCCACUAGCAGUAACUAACUAGGAGAUGAAUUAUAUAACAAGCUUAAAAUGAGCGUUAUAUAACCAAACGUACAUGGUCUAAAUUAAUAAAAAUAAAAACACCAAUUUCUCGCCUAGCAAUAAAUGAUAGAAAAAGGUAGUUGAGGUACUAACUCUAGGUUACAUCUUUGGUUUUGAAUAAAAAUUCAUUUUGAAUAAAAA